UUACUUACUUUGGAGAACAAACCCAGCGAUCCAAGCAACCACCGAUUCCAAGCUAAUCAUGUAUCCCAGCCACUAGCAGCGGCACGCCGGAGGCGGCGGCCGGCGGGAGUUGGUCCAUCCAUCAAUCUGGCCGCGCGGUCGAGUUCCCGUCCAGAUCUACGCCGUAGGUCGGCCGCAUCUAGGCGAUUUGUUCUAGCUAUGGUUUCAAUCCAUCAAUCGGCGGGCCUCCCAAUCCCGCCCAUGGAGUCGCCGCCGCUCAAGCGCAACGUCGCCCAAGAUGACGACAUAAUCAGCGCGCUCACCGACGACCUCCUCCUCGCAAUCCUCGAGCGCCUUGACCUGCGCGACGCGGUCCGCGCCGGCGCAGUCUCCACGCGGUGGCGGCACCUCCCCCACCGUCUCUCGCGCCUCGAGCUCGACGCCGGCCACUUCGGCGGCGCCACUCUGGUCGACACCAUGGACGCCUUCACGAGCGCUUUGCUGUUCGUGUGUCCUCCGGCUGAGCGCGACUGUGACUGCCACCGCAGCCGUGUCAUCAAGACCCUCGACCUCAGCUUCUACCUGUUAAACCCUCACCUGAUCUCCAUUGGCAGCGCCAUCGAGGAUGUCGUCAGCCGUGGCAAGACCACUGGCCUCGCCUUACAAAUAUCUCCGCCGCCGCCCGGACAAUACACUGCCCAGCUGAUCGCCAUGUUUGGACAGAUGUUCAUGUCCUUCUCCCGCGCCUACCAGGUCGCCUUCCGGUGGCUCACCAGGCUAUGCCUCAAGGGCCUUGCGUUCGAGGACUCCGACGUCACCGACCUCAUUAACGCUUGUGAUGGGCUCAAGCAGCUCACCCUGAGCUCCUGCUGGAUGGUUGAGCACUCCGUGCUCAAGAUCGAUACGCCGUGCUCAGGGCUCCAGGAGCUCAAGUUCAUCGACUUUGGGGGCAAGUGGAUCGAGCUCGUUUCUGUCCCCAAGCUUAGGCAAGUGACGUGCCUUUGUUGGCGCUUCGAGAACCCUCCGGUGCGCUUCGGCUAUGUUCCAGAGCUUCGUGAUGUGACCUUCACUUGUCAGGCCAAGGCGUGGCAGGCGCCAUUCCUGCUGAGUCAGUGCUUGUCAACGAGUGUAACAAACCCGUGGAAAUUGCAUCUCCAUUUUGCUGGCCAAAUGAUUUGGAUUCAACCGGAACAUCCCAAGCAGCUUACUGCUAUAUUCAGAAACCUGACUGGUUUGUCUCUUUUGGGUGUCUUCCCUGAGUGUGAUCUGAGCUGGACCCUGUUUAUCCUUGAAGCUGCACCCGCCCUGCAGUUUUUAAGUUUGUCUCAAGAUCGGCAUUCAUGUGUCAAAACUUCCGAAGACAGUGCCGAGAAGACCAACGUGGUGUGGGAGCCAUCCAAGGAUUUGAAGCACCUCAAUUUGAAGGUGCUGCAGAUGUACGGGUUCGAGGAGGAUGACAAGGUGACAAACUAUAUAAGGCUAAUCAUGGAAAGAGCCGUGGGGCUGAAGAUAAUCAUCCUGCGUAGAAAAUUCCCAUGUAAGGAGUGCAAUGACAUUGAGCUUGAAAAAGGAUCCGAGAUGAAUGAAGCUAGCUGGUGUCGGGUUAAGAAACGACUCACAAAUGGAUCCUACUCAUCUGUGGAGAUAAUAAUCUGCUGACAGGUAUGGUCAGGAAUGCUAUGUCUCAUAACGCUUGUUGUUGCUGGAGCGAUGGUUGUGUAUGCACCUGGUAGUAAUUUUAAUUUCUAGGUACUGAUAGCCUGAUUAUACUUGAUUGGUGUGGAUCUUAAAUUGUGUGUACUGCAGUCUGGAUGCAUGCUUUUCUUUUUGGUA